UACAGAAAUUGAAUAAAGUAAUCAAAUGCAAAAUUCAACACUGUAUGAAUAAAAGUGAUAAGUGAUUUUUGUCUUUCUCUUGUUUGUUUCUAAAUCGAAUGCUCUCUAAUCAACUGACACAUUGUGGUUUGUACCAAAUCUUCAAACCAAGUAUGAAAACAUCCUAAAUCUCGUAACUGUCAACCAGCAGUGGUUUUAACCGCUCUUUCUGUGUCUCUCUAAGCCGAUGACAUAAAGCCAUGUCCCCGCUGUGCGGCCUACAUCAUCAAGAUGAAUGAUGGGAGCUGUAAUCACAUGACCUGCGCUGUGUGCGGCUGUGAGUUCUGCUGGCUGUGUAUGAAGGAGAUCUCUGACCUGCACUACUUAAGUCCUUCAGGAUGCACAUUCUGGGGUAAGAAGCCUUGGAGCAGGAAGAAGAAAAUCCUGUGGCAGUUGGGCACACUUGUGGGCGCUCCGGUUGGCAUUGCACUGAUUGCUGGCAUUGCCAUACCUGCAAUGAUCAUUGGGAUUCCUGUGUAUGUGGGCAGAAAGGGGAAGGACAUCUCCAAGCACAAGAGAAACCUUGUCAUAGCUGGCGGGGUGACAUUGUCAGUGAUCGUGUCUCCAGUGGUUGCUGCCGUCACUGUUGAUCUUAAAACUGCUAAAGUAUCUAACAUCAACCAAUGCGGUGGUUGCGGCGUGUCUGCGGGGAAUGGUAAAGGUGUGCGCAUUGAGUUCGAUGACGAGAACGACAUGAACGUGGGCACCGGAGCUGCUGUGACUG